AUGAGUAUCCUACAGAACGACAUAGAUGCAAUUAUAAGACGAUACAAAGGCCUCCAAAUAAGAGAGAAGGAGUACAAGGACAUAGUCGGAACUCUAGUAGGUGGAACUUUAGAAAAAGCUCCUCAUCCCAAGAUCAUAGAACUAAUAGAGAUAUUUGUUUCGGCCAAGACCAAACCGAUUUACUUGAACGAAGUAAAAAACUAUCUGUUUGAAAAUGACAAGGAUCUUUAUAGACGUUAUGCUGGGAUGUUUGAAAGGAACCCUGGAGUUUUUGAAGCAUUUGGAAUUCAAGGAGAAGAAAGAGUACUGCCUCUACCCCAAGACGAGCCGGUGGUAUUCAAGAGUCUAAAGCCAAAAUUAGCUGAUUUUGCCAAGAGGAAAUCAAAGACUUUGAGAAAGACAAUUCGUAAGGAAAGCAAGAUGUCCGCGUACCACAAGGUUAUGAAAGAGAAAUCGGCCUCUAUUGAGUACCAAAAGAAGAUAGAUGCAAUGUAUAGAAAGGCACGCAAAGAAUAA